AUGUCUAUACGAUAUCGAUUAAAACGAAAUAAUGGUCCUUUAAAUGAGCCUAUUCCAGCUCAUCCUGAUGCAAUUUAUCGACCUCAAAAUCGACCGAUGCCAGGAAAUAUUCGACUACAAACUGCUAAUAUUAUAGUUCCACAUGUGACAGAUAACAAUGCUGUAGUAAUUGCACCACUUACUGCUAGUCAAAAUGGCUUUUCACCUUGGUUGAUCAUUGGUCCAUUGUUAGGUUUACUUGCAAUUUUAGCUCUUGCUGCUCUAGUUUAUUUUAUGAAAAAAAAAUAUGAUUCGGAAAAACGAGAAACAGAUGAUAAUCUAGAUAGUACUGAAAAAUCAAUAGUUAAGAAUGUGACAUUAAGAAAUAUGACGCCAAAUAUAGUAUCAAGUGAGCAAAAACAAACGGCAAUAAUAUCAUCUACUACUAAAGAUGUAAGCAAAUCAAAAUUAGACGUUAAUCUAAAUAAAAAAGAAAAUCCAAUGAACAACAAAUCACAAACAAAUGACUUUAAAAAAACACUGAAUGAAAAAUUAGAUUUAACUCAUAUUGAUCGUACUGAUCAUAUUACACCAUCAAAAGUAGAACAAGGAAAUAAACAAUUCAUUUCUUCAUUAUCUUCUGUUAAAAAUAUUGAUCUGAAUACACCAGUUUCUCCUGAAUUACAUGGCAUUGGUAAAAGUCCACUUAUAUCAAUGUUUCCAAGUGGAACAAAACGAAGAAAAAAACAAAAACUAGAAACUCAAAAUGAUCAAACAAAAUUUGGAAAUAUAAACAAAGAUAAACAACAAUUAACAUUAAACAUUGAUUCCAAAUAUGAUUCAUUAUCUGAAUCAAGUGAAACCAAUUCAUCAAGUUCUGUAGCUUCUGCUCAACUAACAAAAGAAAAAAAUUCAAAAUUCACUCUUCCGAAUGAAAAAUCAAAUAAAAAUAUUCUUCAAUCAUCUAAUCAAUAUUCAAUGAUCAAUAAAACUGAUCUAGAUAAACUUAAUAAUCGAUUACAAUCUAACAUUGAAUUAACAACAUCAUUAACAAAAUCAAAUUUAACUACUCAUGGUAAAACAAUAUCUCUUAUGCCAAAUGUUCCUCAAUGUAAAGGAAGUGCAUCGUCUGAUGAUGAUGAUGGUGAUGAUCAUGUAUUGUAUACUAUUAAUACAAAUAAUUCAACAAACAAAAUCAAAACAUCGAGAUACAAAAAAACCUAA